AGUUGGCAAACAACGUAGGAGGCACACAUUAUUCAUGUAAAAAAACCAAAAACCUGUUGCCGUGGAGUCGAUUCCGACUUAUAGCGACACUAUAGAACAGAGUAGGACUGCCCCAUAGGGUUCCCAAGGAGCGCCUGAUAGAUCUGAACUGCCAACCUUUUGGUUAGCACCCAAACUCUUAACAGCUACACCACCAGGAUUUCUAACCUUAUAGGAUUACCGAAUACCUUAAAUUCUCAUUAAAAGAUGACAGCAGGAAAGCUUUUGCCAUCCUGGGUCAUUAAGAUGCCUGGGGUUUCAGAGUCUCCUCCACACUACCUAAGUGUAUAGAGAAGGCCCUCUAUUCAAGAGAAGAUUGACGGUGAGGGAACUCAGGUAGAGUGCAGUGAGACAAGAGCUGACCAGUAGGGUGAGAGUGGGGAUGUUGACCAAAGUAGGCCUGAAGUUGCUAAAGCUUCAAGAGGCAGUGAACUGCCGAAACCUCCUUUUGCGGCACUAAGUGUAGGUCAGGAGAGCUUUGCUGUAUGAAGCCUUUGACUCCAACCCCUGCCACCCUAAUUUUACCAGGACCACCUGUCUGACCACAAUGCUGCUACUGCACUUAGUCUUUAUCACUAGGAAUAACUAAAUAUUCAUUUCUCAAAUACUUUUUUCAGCUUGUCAUGUGCAGGGCUCUGUGCUGUUGUGCCUCUAUAAUUGAUGCUGGUUUACUGUUAUUUUAAUAUGGUAUAAUCAUGCCCCCCCCCCAAAUUAUAAAGUUAGAGAAUAAACAAACAAAAUAGAAGAGCUAGAAAAAUGGGUUGUAGGUGAUGCUAGUCAAAGAACAAAUUGUCAAACAGGUGGAGAAUUAUUUCCUGAGUAAUCUCUGAAAACCUACAAUGCAGUGGUCGAGACAUGGGUCAGCAAAUUAUGGCCCAAGGGCCAAUUCCAACCCACUGCCUGUUUUGUAAAUGGAGUUUUACUGGAACACAGCCACACUUACUUGUUCACAUAUGGCUGCUUUUGCAUUACAAUAGAAGAGUUGAAUAGUUGUGACAGAGAACAUCUGGCCCACAAAGCCUAAAAUAUUCACUAUCAGGUACUUGAUGAAAAAAAAGUUCACUGGCUCCUGGUCUAGAAGUAAACAUACCAAAAGUGUUUUGAUUCUGAUUGAAAAACUCUAAAUUCUGGUUUUUCCACUACAGCAUAUAGCCCAUCUAUUGUAUAUGUGUUAUUUCUCAAAGACUUUCUUAUUAAGUCACAAGCAACUAUAAGUCAAUUUCAGAGGUAAAAAUUUAGUUACCACUAACUUCAAAAUUGUGUUUGAUUCUCAUUCUAGAAAUUGGCUGGUGACAAAUCAAACAUGAAGUUUGCAGUUUUGUUUUCUUUUUUUCUGCUUGUUACUUUUCAUGCUGAUUUUGGACAAAAUAAAGAAACUAGGAAGCAAGGGAGAAAGAUGAAUUACCGAAGAUUAAGGAAAAGUUCCUCACCCAACCACAGGUCAAACAGACAGCUUGGGGUACAGCAAACAGAUACUGUUACACCAGCCACAAGAUUUCCCACUGCUAACUUUGGUUAUACUAUGGAUGAAAACUUUGAAUCCUUUUCAAGUAUUACUGGAGAAGAAGCAAGCUAUAAUGUGUUACCAGGAAAAAAGGGGCAUUGCUUGUUCAAGGGGAUGAUCAUGUACAACAAAGCUGUAUGGUCCCCUGAGCCUUGUACUAUCUGCCUCUGCUCGAAUGGAAGACUGCUUUGUGAUGAAACCAUGUGCCACCCUCUGACGUGCCCCAAGACAUUUAUACCAGAAGGAGAAUGCUGCCCAGUCUGCUCUGAUACUGUCUCCUAUUCCUUGUUCAGUGGUAUAGCAUUAAAUGAUAGAACUGAAUUUUCUGGUGAUUCUUCAGAACAAAGUGAACCUACCGCUUUACUUCAUAAGCAACUGCCACCUACCCAGGUGGAAACGGACCAAGUAUUAAGAAAAGAAGCAUUUCAACCUGAGGAAGAGGGAGAUGAAAAAAUUAAAGAAGAUGAAGCUAUGCAGCCUCAGGUUCGGGGGAAAUUGCACACUGAGGAGGAGAGCAGAGAAGAAGAGCAAAAGCAGAGAUCUCAAGAGGAGGAGGGGCAGGCAUAUCAACAUCUAAAUCAAGGAAGGGAAGAGGAAGAGGAAGAUGAAGAGGAAGGGGAGGCAGAUGAAGAAGAUACUGUCAGAGGAGAUGUCUUCAGAACGCCCUCUCAAUUCCCAAUACCUGCUCCUCCUAGAGGCACACCGCCUCUGCCAAGCAGGUGCUCUCUGUCUUACAAGACCAUAAGCUGCAUAAAUGUGGAGCUCACACAGAUACCGCCAAUAACAGCACCAGAAAUAACAAGGCUGGAGCUGGCUGGGAAUUCCAUCACUUCCAUUCCAGACGAAGCAUUUAAUGGAUUACCUAAUUUGGAAAGGCUUGAUCUGAGCAAAAAUAAUAUCACUUCUGCAGGCAUAGGCCCCAAAGCAUUCAAGCUUCUGAAGAAGUUAGUACAUCUGAAUAUAGAUGAAAACAAUUUGAUACAGAUUCCUUCAGAAUUGCCAUCUACAUUAGAAGAGCUUAAAAUCAACGAAAACAAUCUCCAGGCUAUCGAUGAAGAAAGUUUAUCAGGCUUAAAUCAGUUGUUCACUCUGGAACUGGAAGGAAACAGUCUCAGUGAAUCCAACGUCAAUCCUUUAGCUUUCCAACCUCUGAAGAGCUUACACUACCUGCGUCUAGGAAAAAACAAAUUUAGAAUUAUACCACAGAAUCUUCCUGCUUCUAUUGAGGAAUUAUACCUGGAAAACAACCAAAUUGAAGAAAUAACUGAAAUUUGUUUCAAUCAUACCAGAAUGAUAAAUGUCAUUGUACUUCGUUAUAAUAAAAUUGAAGAAAAUAGGAUUGCUCCUUUAGCCUGGAUAAAUCAAGAAAAUCUCGAAUCGAUUGAUCUCUCCUACAACAAGCUCUAUCACGUUCCCUCAUAUCUACCAAAGUCUUUGCUGCACCUAGUGCUAAUUGGGAAUCAAAUUGAACGGAUUCCUGGCUAUGUGUUUGCUCACAUGGAGCCCGGCCUGGAGUACCUGUACCUGUCAUUUAACAAGCUUGUGGAUAAUGGAGUGGACCGUGUAUCUUUUUAUGGGGCAUACCAUUCUCUGAGAGAAUUAUUUCUGGAUCACAAUGACUUCAAAUCUAUACCACCUGGGAUACAGGAAAUGAAAGCACUACAUUAUCUGAGGUUGAACAACAACAAGAUACGGAACAUUCUUCCAGAAGAAAUUUGCAAAGCUGAAGAAGACGGCGAUUCAACUCUGGAACAUCUUCAUCUUGAAAAUAAUUACAUUAAAACAAGAGAAAUAUCGCCGUAUACAUUUUCAUGCAUAAGAUCAUAUUCAAGUAUUGUUCUUAAACCACAAAAUAUCAAGUAAUUCAAAAUUCUUCUUUGUCAUUUAUAAAAUGUACUCAUAUAUUUGUUGCAGCAUUUGUCAUAAGACAGACGUAAUUCUCAUGUUGUAUUUAGUGUCAUUAUGACAGUCAGCCUGGUUCACCAAUACAGAGACGAGUAACCAAAAAUGUACCCACAAGGUGUGUUAGUGAAGGUAAAAAAACAUUUGGUUUCCCACCUCUAGAAAGAACUUAUCAAAUUGCAAAGUUUUUCUCAUGAGGAUAGGAUGUUAUGCACUGCAGAGCUAGACAAGAAGAAUCUGGAACAAGACAUACACAUCCUUUAUAAUUAACCUGAGUUAACAACUCAUAAGUUAAUAACUUCAUAAAUCCUUUUAAAAAUUAUAUAUGUAUGUUAUAGUCCAAGAUCAAGAAGUAUUUUGGCAGGAAAAAAUAACAAAUAAAACUUAUGAAUUUAUGUUCUGUUAUUAAAACAGUAAUUUGUUAAUUUUCUUUAAGAUUUUAUGUUAUAAUUACUGAUAUAAAUACGCAUAAGUAUUGGCUUAGCUUUAGUUCCUUCUAUUAACUCCAAGUGUGAAAUUAAUACUAUUGUAAAGUUAAUUUCCAGGUUUUGAUCAUUGUACUAUGGUUAUGCAAGUUGUUACCAUCAGGGGAAGUUGGGAGAAGGGUAUACGUGUUCCUGUAAGUCAAAAUAUUUUUUAAAAUGUUAACAAAACAUUAUUCUAAAAUCUACUCUCAUUAUUCUCAUUGGUCAAGAUCAAAAGAUUUUAUGGAAAUCAGUGGAGUUUGUUUAAAAUACAGGCUGAUUAUUCUUGACUAUAACCUUGUAAAUGUAAACCUAAAGCAUCUAUUUAAAAACACUUUUGUUCCACUGAUGACAGUCAACACCUCUCUCUUUUGCCCUAAUUUGUUCAAUACAUCCUUUAUUCAGAUCAAUUUAACACAAAGCUAUUAGCAUUUACUAUGUACUAGGCCGUACCAAAACCACAUAUUACAAUUUUCAUUAUGUAACAAUAUUUUAUCUUUAUAUUGCUAAAAUAAAUUAUAAAAGGCAC